GAGUAGUGACAUGCAUGGUUGUGAUCAUAUUAGCUCUUUUAAUAAAUGAGAGUGAGAGACAAGAGAUGAGGGAAAGCAACUUGCUCCUUGUCAUUUCUCUCUCUAUCCUCCCCUACCUUCCUCUCAAUGCCCCUCUCCCUCUCCCUUUCUCUCUCUCUCUCUCUCUCUCAAAAUCAACUGGAGCACACCUUGAUCCAUACCCUCUUCUUUACGGCUCCUGCUGCAUCCUAAUCUUUAACAAUUCUUGGGUUUCUUGAAAGUUUGUGUUCUGUGAAGCAUCAGUGGAAUCUGUCAUGGCUGCUGAUUCUAUCGCGCCGAAGCUCGACAUGGAUGAUCCUGAGGGAGCUAAACCAGAGGGUCAGGCAUCCAAGAGAAGGAAGUUGGUCCAUAAGACAGUUGUGAGGGUGAAGAUUGAAGCGAACGUGGUGAAGCAGAAGAACGAAGGGCCACCUUCUGAUUUCUGGUCCUGGAGAAAGUACGGGCAAAAGCCAAUCAAAGGAUCGCCUUACCCACGAGGGUAUUACAGAUGCAGCACGUCGAAGGGGUGUUCGGCCAAGAAGCAAGUGGAGCGAUGCAAGACGGAUGCUUCGGUCCUGGUCGUCACCUACACGUCCACCCACAACCACCCAGGCCCCGACAUUCACUCCCUCAACCCCACCGUUCAGCCGUCCGAGGCCGACGAUGAUCCUGAAGAAACCGCGGUCGCGGUCGCGGUCUCUCCCGCUGUCUCGGCCCAAGAAGAAGUGCCAGAGCAAGAUCAAGAUCAAGAAGAUCAAGAUCAAGAACAACAUCUUGAUCUCGGGGACAAACAAGAUCGAGAUCGACACACCCACGUGGGCAUCGACGAAGCCGACCGCGCACGAGAAGAUAACUUCCACUACCUCCGGUCUCCGACCAACUGUUCCUCCCAAGACCUGGUGAUGGAGCAAGACGACACGCUCGCUCCGCAACUGCAAGUGUACGAAGAGCCUCUAGUCUCUUGUUCCCGCGAGGACCCGAGCGGUGUCGGGGCGGCUCCGGUGCCACCUGAACCGGAGCCCGAGCCGAAAGAGGGCCACGACUUCUUCGACGAGCUCGAGGAGCUCCCCGUGUUCUCUUACUUCGCGAACCUCAACAGGAUCAACCACUUCAUCGAUGACAGGAUUCCCGUUGUCCCUUCUUGAUCGGAGAGCGCAGAGCGCCUCGGUGUUCCCUCGGUUUCCUCGGCAACCUCGGGAAGGCGAAAGGACUGUAACCCAUGAAAGAUGAAACUUUUUUUUGUCCAUGAAAACUCAUGUUGGGUUUAGUUAGUGCUGAGUUCUCGAUGGUGUCUUA